UUUAAAAAAUUACUAAAUUAAAGUGAAAAAUAUUGUAAUUUGUAACGAUUAUAAUGAUGUAUAAGUGAUGGCUCGUGAAAGAUCGAAUAAGUUCGGCGAAGAAGGAAAAUGUGAGGACUGUAAUGACGAGGCGAGAAAUUGUUUAGUGAUCUGUGGGCCGUGAAAAGUGUUACAUGUUCGCGGGUUUCUGUAUCGAGGCGAUAAUUAUAACGCACAUUAGCUGAAGGUUGAGCCGAAAAUUGUAUGAUUACUAAUUGCAAAUUGUGACGCCAUAUUUUUUUUGGAAAUCUCCCGAAGCGUGAAGGCAAUACGACAAGGCAUCUGCAACCGUAGCAGUGUAUACGAGUUUGAAUACUACUCAUCGUUACUGCGAUACAGAGCACAUUUUCAUCUAAAUCGUUUAGGCGAAUAAGAUAAGUCCAAGACCACUAAUUUAUUUUAUUUAAAACUUAUAACGUUUUCAAGUCAUUGUACUGUAUUAAGAAUAUAUUCUAUGUUUCGUAUAAAUGGUUGAAUGCGUGAAUGAGUAUAUGUAUAUAUUUCGGUGUAGCAAAGUAAAAUUAUAUCAGCGUGUUAUAACAAAAUAUAUUUGAUUUAUGUGGAGUGGAUCGAAUAUAUUUGAAUUAAAAAGGAAAAUAAAUAUUUGUAUUACAUAAAAUUAUAUAUUUUUUUCAUAAAAGACGACGAACCUUAAAUUGAAUUAGAAGAAUAAUAAUAGUUAAAGAGUAUUUUUUACAUUGGCGCACAACUAGAGGCUAAGUGAAAGAAUUGAAUAUUGUAUAAAUUUGAAUUUAAGCAAAUAAGUUUUAUAUUGAAAUCUCAAUUUUAAAAUAAGUUUUCAGGAAACUAUAUAUGUUAUUUUGUUUGUAGUGUGGAAAGAUCAUCGUAGCUUUGGCAUUGUUCAUUGAUAAACAAUGUCGACUAGAAAUCAAAAGAAGUUAGAGGAAAAUGAAAAUAAUAAUCAGAUCUUGGCUCAACAGCAGCAGCAGAUUGAUGAACUAAAGAAUGAAAUUAAGAGACUUCGAGUGGAGACACAGGCAUCAAGUCAGGAAAAUGAUAUUUUGCGGCGGGAGGUAGUCAGAAUGGACGAAUUGGUGAAACAGGCACAUCAGAACGCGAGUAAUCACACAAAGGUUUCGUGUCGUGACGUAUGUAUACAGAGUGAAGUACAUGUAGUUAAUACUAUGAAUGACGCAGAUAUACACAGAGACCAAGCUAGUGGGGAGACAUUAAAUAAAGGUGACUCAGUAUCACAGGUUGUUUUAGAUAGUCGUUAUGGAAAUACGAUAAAUAAUAAAGAUGGUCCUCAAAAUGAUUUUACUAGCGAAUUAAUUUCUGGAAUUUUUAAUCAGUUUCAACAAUUGCAAAUUAAUAUUCCUUUGCCGGUUUUUGAUCUUAAAUGCACUAAUCCCGUGGAAUUUAUAAGAAAUUUAGAAAAAUACUUUGUAAGAAAGGAAAUUAUGGACUCAAAAAAAUUGUUAGUUGUUGAAGAUGCUCUUAGAGGAUCAGCCAGGGUUUGGUUCGAUACAGUCUUGAAUCCCUUCCGCCAUUUUAAUGAGUUUAAGGAUAAGUUUUUUAAUAAAUAUUUAUAUAAUACGUGCAUAUGUAUGAUACUCGUUCUCGAAAGCGGAGUUUAUAGAAAAGCGACGUUAUUGCCUCAACGAGUUCGUGAUAUAUUAUCAACAGUUGAUUUUGCGGAUAGCGAUAGAAUUUCCCAGGCGUUGGCGCGACUUGACCUAUCCUCAAGUUUUGUAGGUGGAAUAAAUGCAGGUAAUCGUCAAAUAACGCAGAAUAACGGUACGGAUAAUUUGGUAAAGUCUAGGGUAGAUGAAAAAAAUUCGCGAGAUCGACAGGGACAGACUAGGCAAAAUAGACCAGAACAAACAAAGAGAUAUGAACAACGAAAUAGACAGGAACAAAAUAGCUGGUAUGAUAGACAGAAUAAGCAAGUGAGAACGACGCGCAUGUGUGAGGAUAAUGAAAUUAUAGAAGAAGUUGAUGGCGAUUCAUGGGAUCAGGACAAUGAGUUAGAAUCUGGGGAUAAUGAAAAUCGAACCGAAAUCAAUGAGUUGCAUAAAGAGAAAAAUUGGGAGUACGAACGAAAUGGAAGCAAAAUGAGUGAAUUUGCAGAGGAAUUGGUAUGGGAUGUGCAAGAAGGUGUAGAAUGCGAGCAUAAGUAUAACAAUACUCGGGUGGUUUGCCCACAGAUUUUGGUUAGGGUUGGUGACAUGGAUCAUGCCAUGCUCAUAGAUUCAGGGAGUGAAGUCACAUGUGUGUCAGAAGUUUUUUACAAAGAGCUCCAGAAAGAUAAUAGAAUACUGGAAUUACCGGUCACAAGUGUGUCUGUAUUUGGUGCUGUAGGAAAUAAGCCAGUAGUUUUUAAAAAACAAAUACAGUUAUGCAUUAGUGUGGGAAAUUUGGAGGUCAUGUUUUCGUUUUUGGUAAUACCUGGUCUUUCGAAAAAAUUGAUAGCUGGGGUGGACUUGCAGUCUCGUUUGGGAAUGGUAAUUGAUUUUAAGAACAAGCAAAUUAAGGUGGAAGAUUAUACUGUACCGAAGGAAAGAAUGUUACUUUUUGCGUCGAAUGGCAUAAACACAAUAAGAUUUUGCAAUCUGAUACGUUUAAAGAGGGAUUUGUGGUAUGAAUGUAUUGACAUUGAAAGUGAGGAGGGAAUGAAAUAGUUGAAGAGAGAGAAUGAUAAUAUGGUGACAGAUGAGUGCUUAUAUCUGAGACAUCAGGAGAAAGCAGCUGGAAUUCGGAAAAUUCAGAAUGAAGAAUUUUCGGAAUGCAAUGUUUUUGAAAAUGAAGUCGACAAGUAUGUUGAGGAUAUAAAUACAAUUAGUGUGGAACAGAGAAAAGUGGUUAAACGCCUUUUGAUGGAUAAUCGUGAGGUUUUUUCAAAUAAUCCGGGAUGUACCUCCGUUUACAGUCAUGUUACUAAACCAAUCAGGGAGCAUAUUCAGGUGCGAAAAUCAUAUUCGCCCCCUUUAACUAUACGACAGGACGCGGAUAAGGAAAUUAUAAGGAUGAAAGGGUUAAAUAUUAUUAAGCGUUCUAACAGUAAUAUUUGUAAUCCUUUACGGUGUGUAAAAAAGAAGGAUGGGUCGAUACGAUUAUGCAUAGAUGCGCGAUAAAUAAAUAAAAACAUCGAGUCAGACAAUGACAGUACGGAAAAAUUAGAAGAUAUUUUGCAGGAUGUUGAGGGCGCUCGAUUUAUGUCAACAACCGAUUUUGUUAUGGGAUAUUGGCAGGUGCCAUUAUCGCCGGAGUCAAGAAAAUAUACGGCGUUCCUUCAUAAUGGAAAAUGUUAUGAAUUUACUCGAAUCCCGUUUGGGCUGAAAACUGCUGAAGCAGGUUUUAUCCGCGCGGUUAGUUUGGAAUUAGGGCCGGAGCUUGCAGCUAAAGUCAAAAGUUACGUCAAUGAUUUUUUUUGGCGUCAAAAUCAUUCAUGGAACACGUAGAUUUAUUAGAUAAAUUUUUUAAAAAAUAAAUAAGUGUCGGAUUUACCUUGAGUCUUCAUAAGUCGAAAUUUUUCUGUGAAUCGGUUAAGUUUUUGGGGAUCGUGAUUGAUCAGGAUGGAAUAAGGGCGGAUCCGGAGAAGUUGGAAAUCAUAAGAGAUUUUAAGCGGCCCAGAGAUCAAAAACAAUUACAGGGAUUCCUUGGGGUUUGUGGCUUUUCCAGGAGAUUUGUUUGUGGUUACUCAAAUUACAUAGGUUUACAAAUUAAAAACUUUUUUUGCCAAUCGAACAAAACAAUUUUUUUUCGAAUAGUA